AAUAAACAUCUCUCAGUCUACAGCUCUGAGCCGAGCUCUGAGCUCCAUUUGAUGGCUACAGAUACUUUUACCAUAGGUACUUCCAGAACUGAUAGCUCUAAUUCCACCACCGUUCACAUAUUUUUAUAUGGCAAGGACUUGUCCUUCUUCGCACUUGCUCGAGAAAGUGACGGUAGAUUCGAGGCUAGAUACAACUUCAGUCUAAGCGAGGAGCAGUUACCUGCCAUUCGUUUGGCCUUUAGAGGUCUCGGUAUUGUACUAAAGGAUCAGGAUACCAAGACACAUAACAGAUUCGCAUUGCCUAACUCUCCACCGAUUUACAAGUUGUCAGUGAGAGAGAGCUUGACAUUCCCAUUGAUUUAUGUCCUGCUAGAGAGAGUAGGGUAUCCUGUUGAAUCUGAAUCAUAUUGGACGUCUCCUCCUAGCGAAGCCGAUGUAGCAUUACUUUACUUUGAGUAUCCCAAUUUUGAUAUGCUACUGGUCCUGGGUAGUAUUUUGAGAUUAAUGACUGAUGAGGAAUCCUCUCGAUUGAAGGCAACUAUGAUUGAAACUGAGGAAAUGAGAGAGAUAGGAAUUUUCAGUGACAAACCCUGGCUAUAUUCUAACGUUACAUGUUGGGAUAUGAUACAAUUCAAGUACGACACGGGAGAGUUACGUCCUAGUAAUUUAGACAUUUUUUUGGAAUGGCUUGAACAUUCAGAGUGCCCAUCGUAUCGAAGAUACAUUGACGAGCUCCGUAAGAGGUGUGAUAAAGUUUCUGCCGAUGUCAAGCAGAGGGAAUUGCACAGGGCAAUAGAGAAAGGUAUGGAAGAAGGAUAUGUUUUCCUUAAAAUUAUCAAGAUGGUUAUAUGUGGUCCUCCUUGUGUUGGUAAGACGGCAUUCAAGGAUCUCUUGCUAGAUAAGUCAGCUCCUCGAAAACACGACAGCACACCCAUAGCUGCUCGCCCUAUACAAACCAUUGAGAGAAUAGCUGCUGGAGGCAAAGUGUGGAAAGAAAUUACUGAAGAAGAUCUACUUCAAUUGCUUACAGAUAUCAUACGCAAUACUGAGACGAACCGUCCCAAUUUAAAGUCAUUUCUUUCAUUUGUGAUAGUGGAUUUACCAUCUGAAGCAGGCGAAUCUCAGACCAUAGCUUCUACUACUAAUGAUAAUAUUGCCCUUAUGUCACAAAGAUCCCCUCAGCCUACCACAUCAAAAGCUUUAUCAAAACAUCAGCCAUUGAUAUCAUCUACUGCAAAUAGUAAUGAAGAUUCACUUUUAUAUGAUGGAGCUGAUUCACUUUCUUUAUCAAGUAAUGAUUCGCUUUCAAUUGAUGAUGAAGAUGAUAAGUCUAUUUCUCUGCCGCAUUUAGAUUUUGAUAUUCUUUCUGAAGAUUUCAUCAAGCAUUUUUCAUCACCUACAUGUAAAAGAAAAAGAGGCUCACAAAUGUUGCAUGAAGCUUCAUGGAUCUAUCUUUUAGACAGUGGAGGCCAGCCUCAGUUUACUGAUCUCCUUCGUAUGUUUGUACGUGGUAAUUCACUGUACAUCAUUGUAAUGAAGGUGACCGAAUCCCUUCAUGACAAACCUACAUUCGUUUACUCUAUCAAUGGUAAAGCACUCAACACGCCAAAAGAAAUGACCAUGACUAACCUUCAGAUUAUUGAGAGGUUUGUUCGUUCUGUUGCAGCAACUUCAAGAAGUCAAAUAGGAGAUAAGAGUGAGCCAGCAUUUGCCAUUAUAGCCACUCAUUGUGACCGGUCAAAAUUUAAAAGAUUCUUGGGCUUAGAAGAAAGAAUCAGAGAAAAGAACGAGACUCUUCUGUCUUGUUUAAAGGAGUUUCUUGAUCUAUUUGUAUUCUAUAAUCGUGAUUCUAAUGAGCUCAUUUUUCCAGUUAACAAUCUUUGCGAAUGGUAUCGGGAAAAAAUCUCUGCUGAUAUUCGCCAUCGUCUUGUAUCGUCCCGAUCUGGUAUCAGAGGCAAUAUCUGCAUACCAGUACGCUGGUAUGUAUUUGAUUUACAUAUGAAGGAAGAGGCUUUGAAACAGACCCAUGGAAUGAUCUCUCUUGAGUCCUGCUAUAACAUUGGUCGGAAAUUAGGCAUGAAAAAAGCCAAUGUUGAUGAGUGUCUCAUUUAUUUGGAUUCAAUGAGGUUAUGUAUCUAUUAUCCUAAUCAUCUUCCUCAUGUGAUCUUCACUAAUCCUCAGUUUCUGAUAAAGUGUCUUUCUGAUAUCGUACGUGUGUCCUUUGUUGAUGAUUUAAAGCAGAUACUACCAGAAGGAGUUAGCCUAUCUAACGAAUCUAUAGAAUCUCUUAGAAAAUAUGGAAUUUUUGACGAAUCUGUUCUUGAUAAUCUUGGAUUGACUUUUAUUCCCGAUUUAUUCUCAAAAGAAGAUCUCAUAUCGCUCCUCCUACACUUUCAUGUCAUCUCUGCCAUCAAGAACACUCGCCAAUACUUCAUUCCUAUUCUCCUUCCGACCGAGCAUCUUUCUAAGGAACAGAAGGCACAAUUUAGCAGAAAUAUCGAUCCGCUUCUCAUCACAUUUAACAAAAAUGUAGUUUUGCAGGGCUUUUUCCCAACAUUGAUAGUAACUUUGCUAAGUCGGGAUGAGAGGCCAUUCUUUGUCAUUGACAGUCUCUCUAGAAACUUUCCCAAGCAGCUCCGUCAUGCAGUUCGGCUCUACUCAGAGAAUCUCUUUGGAUCGGUGUUCUUUUGUGAAGACUAUGAUUCCAUUGAAGUUUAUUUCACCGGCCCCACUCAACAUUGCCACCUUCUUCGUAGUGUGAUCUUAGAUGCCCUUUCAUCCUCUGCUGACAUAUUAGAAUAUGAUAAGACUAAAUUGAAGAUAUCUGCUCUUGUCCACUGCAAACAAAAUCACGUUUUUCUUCCCGAAUAUAACACCAUACCUCACUCCAUUACCUUUUCAGACAAGCAGAAUCCUCCAAUGAUUGGUUGCAGUGUUGAAGAUUUACCUGUUACAGAACUAACUGAUGCAAGACAGAGUUGCUGGCUAAUAGAUCCGUAUGGAGGUAUUUCAACUGCUUCAAUAACGCACAGUAAUCCUUCACUGCCUAGAGGAACUAUACUGAAUGAGUCCCAUGCUCCUGUGAUACUAAAGGCUAUUAAACAAAUAGUACAUGAUUGGGAGGUCCUAGGGAUCUACUUAGGUCUUGAGCAAUGGGAACUGGAGGAAAUCAAAGAGAGAAACAAGCAUCAUCACGCAACUGCAGUUUAUCGUAAGGAUAUGAUUAUUUUAUGGCUAGGGAAGAGAAGGGCCACACGUGAAGCUCUGAUAAGAGCAUUAGAAGUCCUUGAAAGAGGCGAUGUGGCUCACAUUGUGAGGAAUUUACCAUAAGUUUAAAAUUGUGUAUGUAUUUUUUUUAUAUUGACACUUAUUGUUGUUUGUGCAUUGUUACAAAUAUUGUUUUUAAAGUUAAAUUGCUCUUAAAUUAUUAUCAUUUUUUAUUAUAAUCAAAGAAUUAAUUUUGAACAUCUACAAAAA